AUGCCAAAGACGGCCUACGUGCACAUGAUCGACGAGGCAUGUCUCAUCCAUGUAUGGUCCGUGUACGCAGUAGAGAAUACAUGCGCAUCACGCCAUGGAUAUCAGCCAGCAGCGCACGGUGGAGCCCCCGUCCCGUCGCACAGCCCGCAAGCCCCGCAAGCUGGCUGCGCAGAGAUGACUAGCCACGGGGGCCAAAUGUCAGACUUGAAUGAAUCACCAGACGCCCUCUCCCAACCUUCACCAAGCUACCCGCCGACCCAUACAGCGCUCUCUACCUUGUCGAAAGAGGUCCACCACACUCUCAGUGCGCAUGAAGUUUCGCUCUCGUGA